UACCACCGUAGUUUGACGACCGUGCGUAAUUAUCAUAUACCCAUCGCCGCUGUUGUUUCAUUUUCCGAAAUUUCUACGGUAAGUUUAUACUCACACACACAUUUAUUUUAUACAUACUAAUGUGUGUGUGGUGCUAAAUUAUCGUUUAUAUUAUCGCCACUAAGGUUGUCGUUGAUUACGGUAUGGCGUGAACGUCGCCACCGCUCGGUGUUCGAUACGCGCGGCUCCCCCUUGCCUCCAACCCUGGAAAUUCUGUACCUAAUGGUUUUCGAACACGUGAAACAGUUUUUUUUCACGUUUUUAAUUCUUUUCCACGCAUAACGAAUCUUGCACUUUACACCGCACUACCUCGUGGCGCACACACCUUGUAUGCGACCGUCAAAAAACGAAAUUCAAAUCAUAAUAUUGGCGCAGGCUGAAAUGCCACUGGGCUCGCGUUCCGGAAAUGCCAGUGGCGACUUUUACAGCGGUGGUCGUAACCGACAAAUGGACGAAACGACUGGAAAUCACAGCAGAGGCGUCGGUGGUGGCAGGCCUGUGAAGAAACUGGGAGUCGUGGCUAAAGCGGUUGCCGCCACCAUGUCCGCCGACAGGCUGCAAGGGGUGACUCGCACCCAGAAGGACGUGAAAAACGAUCGUGUUAUGUAUGCCAGAAAUCAACAAUACAAGUACAGUAAAGAACCAGUUACGGGUGGGAAACCUAUAACAGUGGAACAAGCGAAAGCAUUACGCUUGACUGUAUUUGGUGCGUGUGACACACCACCUAGAGGCGAAUGGCUACGUACUGGGUUUGUGUUCAGAGAUCCCGAGAAAGAGCUAUCGUACGGCUUACGGGCACGCAGAAAUGGAACAAGGGGAAUGCAGACCGCAAUACAAGGAUAUAUACUCAAACAUUUGUUAUUCACAAGCACUAACACCUCAUGUAUGAAACCAUCUAAACCGCAGCAACUGGAUGCUCUUUGUAAAUCAAUCACCGAAAUCCUGUGGAAGAUUGGCGAUAACGAAAAAGUGAUAGUAUGUUUACCGCAAGAAAAGAGUUACGUAGCCCACUCGUUAAACUAUUUCCAAGAUAAUGUUACCGAAAAACUCCACUUAUUCGAGUUAACAAAUUGUCAAGACUUAGAAAUUUUCCUCAAAAGAUAUUUGCAUUUGUUCCAAGAUGAUCCCGGACCCGGAUCACUAUUAUUGCUUUACAGUGCAGUGCUAACUAGAGGAAUAUCUAAGAUUGUAUCAGAUUUAAUGGAUGAAAAAAUGUAUCUGAUAUCAAGUGCUGAGGAAGGGUCUAUAUGCAUCGUAACAUUGAUGCUUACCGGUAGAGCUACUCCUAAUCUACAUAAUGGUAUCGUGAAUAUUGGGGACGAACAACAUUAUGCCAUACCACAUUAUGGAAUAUUAGCCAGAAGUGAAGUAGGUCUACUGGUACAUUAUGAAGAAAGCUCUACACCGGUACAAGUUACACAGAUACCUGGUUCUCGGUUAAAAACGCCGUCCUAUCCUAUUUGGAUAACUUGCGCCAAAGGUCAUUACGGCAUACUCUUCAACACUAAUAGGGAAUUGUUAAGAAAUCAUUUAGCUGAACGAAGG